AUGGACCGAUCUCCUCAGAACAACUUAUACGCUGGACUCUUGAUAUAUCGGUUGCAGAGAAACGUUGAAUAUUUGUUAUUAAACGACUCGUUCACGAACAAGAAACAUUGGUUUUGUCCUAAAGGACAGGUGAUUGGUCAAGAGGACGAAGUAAAAUGUGCCUUGCGUGAAGCAUUUGAAACCACAGGACUUAGUCCCAAAGAUCUUCGAAUCGAGGAAGGAUUUACUAUUGGCCUUACUUAUUUGUCUGGUACCAGGCCCAAAAAAGUGGUUUACCGAUUGGCUCAAAUUCUUGACAACCAUGCUCGAGUGCUCCCAAAUGCCGACGGUGUCCAUAUUCAAUGGUGCAAUCUAUCAACUGCUUCAGAAAAAGUCAUCUUCAAGAGCAUGCAAGAAGUCUUUAAACAUGCACAACACUUUAUCGAGAACAAGAAGCAACGCUAUCAAUCCCGACGUCAUGAUCAUGAUCAUCACCAUCACCAUCAUCGUGUCGAUGGUCGUUUGAACAACAAUGCAGGUUCACAGCGCAAUAUUCUCCAAUCACGUGGUUCAUUGGCCCCUCAGCGCCGUUCUUUGCAACAACAGCAACAACAUCAGACGACAACGACAAUGUCGACAACGACGGCUGAAUCAACCACCUCUUCCAAUACCAGUAACCACCACCACCAGGCAACUGACAAUCCAUGGUACAAAACACGUCUAUGCGAGCGAUUUGAGACUGAAGGCAGCUGUUCUUAUGGAUCCAAAUGUACGUUUGCUCAUGGUGUUGCCGAGUUACGUGAACGCACUGGUGCCGAAGAAGAUCCGGUUGCCAAGUCGGGAGCCACGACCAAUGAUAAGAACCCAUUGUACAAGACCAAGUUAUGCGAACGCUUCAUGAAGGAUAACUUUUGCCAAUACGGGCCCAAAUGUCAUUUUGCUCAUGGUCAGCAUGAACUUAAGGAACGUCCAACAUCGAAUAACAACAACAACAACAAUGGUUCCAGACGUACUGAAGAUUCGAUAUCCAGACCACCACCCCAACAACAGCAACAACAACAACAAAAACAUCAUUAUCAACAACAACAACAGCAGCAGCAGCAGCUGGGUCCUAUGGAGACAUCAGCGGCAGGUGGCAUACGCCGGGCUCGUCAUAGUAGCCCUGCAGGUGCAGCAUCAUUUUCUUUGGAGGAACUCAAACCUGUGGUUUCUUAUAAAGAAGAAAAACAUCAUCAACGACCAAGAACUUUAUCUGUGGAACAAAAGCCAGCAACCCCCCUGCAAGAUUUGAUGAAUGGACGCAUUUCGCAAACCAACAAGUCAUGGAUGAAGAUUGUACAUUUAUCAAAGGAAGAACAGGCUAGGAUCACUCCUCCAUCAUCCAAUUCCCCUCCUUCAUCAACACCCGUGAAAUCAGCUCAGGAAGAAGCGCUUAUUGAAGAUCUCAAGAAGCUAUUUAUCCAAGAAGAAGGCCGACAAGACAAGCUCUCCAGUGAUGUGAAAGAGGUGACCAAGCUUGAAAUGCGUAAUGAUUUAUCAAAACGUCAACUCCUUUAUAUCCUUUUGGCAAGCUUGCUUCAAGAUAACCCUUCAGGCGUUGGACAUACCUUGAAAUCACGCAUCUCACUUUUCAAAACGUUUGUGAAAACAACCACGGAUCAGCGUACGUUAUUGAAGGCUUGGGAAAAGUUUGUGACGCAGCGCGCACCCGAUAUGAUUUCCAAAACAGCGAUUGCCCUCUCGACAUGGUAUGAUUGCGAUCUAGUGGAUGAAGAAGUGUAUCUUGGCUGGUAUGAGAUCUUGCCAGAAGGGAGCGAUUUGAAAAAGAAGAGUGCAAAAUUCAUCGAAUGGUUGAGUACCGCAGACGAAGAAGAAAAUAGUUGA